AUGUCCUCCGACAUCAAUUGGUCUCUCCGGCCAACUUAUUCGCCGGAUCAGUUAAGCCAAUAUUUUGACCGGAUCAACUUCCCCCAAGAGUAUCGGGAGUCGCCUAUAGUCAAGAACGGCCCAGGUAUCGACAACCAAGCCACCUUGUCUUUCUUGGAGGCAUUACAACGGUACCAGCUAGCCGCGGUGCCAUUUGAAAAUCUCAGCCUCCAUUAUUCAGUGCACCGCAAUAUCUCCAUAGAUGUCCAGAGCAUUUUUGAAAAAAUCGUGAAUCCCAAGUCGAAUCGGGGCGGUUACUGCAUGGAGAACAAUGCCCUGUUCGGGACCGUCUUGCGCAGCUUAGGAUACAAUACUACCUCAGUUGGAGGUCGGGUCAACGAAGCCGUACAGCCUAUGUCAGCAUCAAAGAACUGGAAAGGCCCCAAAUAUCAAGGAUGGAACCAUAUGAUCAAUAUUGUUGCCAUCGGCGAGCAAAAGUACCUCAUAGAUGUGGGAUUCGGCUCCAACGGACCACACCGGCCUAUUUCAUUGGUACAUGGUUUCGAAUUCCACAACGUUGGGGAACAGUCUGCGCGGCUGAUCUACGAACCGAUCACUCAACAAACGCUUAAGGGUCAAUCUCUUUGGCAGUAUGAAAUCAACCACGGGGACGAAACGUGGAUACCCGCCUACUGCUUCACCGAGGUCGAGUUCCUUCCUGAAGAUUUCACAAUCAUCAACUACUAUAUGAGUCAAAGCCGAGAGAGCUGGUUCACUUUUCACGUCGUGUGUGUACGAAUGCUUCUAGAUGAUGAGGGUGAGACCAUUGUGGGAGACUUGACGCUAUUCAAUGACACCCUGAAACGGCGUAUUGGAGCAACGUCUGAGGUGUUGCAAUCCUUUGCUUCUGAGGAGGAACGCGUGGUGGCCCUAGAGAAAUAUUUUAAUAUUCAUCUCUCAGGGGCGGAUAAAGCGAAUAUUCGCUAUACUAUCUCAGAGAUUUUAUAG